CAUCGACUGCAUGUUGCUAACGGGUGCAUUUUUUUCCGAUGGCCUUAUUUGAUGGGUUUCGCGAUGGUCUAAGACUUUCCCUUUCGGUAUGGACCAUGGAGGACAUCUGGUUUUUGGUUUGGGGUAUCCCGUUUAAAUAAUGGUUUUGGGAGGUCUUUCUUGCCAUUGGUUUGUGUCUUGGAGAGAAGGCGGGAAUUGAUGACGCUACAGAGAAUGAAUUUGAAAUCAGUGCUGCUCGAUUGUGUGUUAGGAAGAGAUGGUGUUUGCUAGAUCUGAACUUGGUGCAAAUUGCAAUUGGAGAUGACUAUCUGGCUCUCUUGGUUCAAAGGGAGGAACAGUGGGGGAGACCCUUUUGAUGGGGAGAAAUAUGGAGAAGGGAGAUGGAAGUGGAGGCCAAAGACGAUUGCCAUGGAUGGGGAGAUACAGGAGCACAACUUCCAUUCUCCAACGAAGUAUCGAACAACAGGGAGGACACGUGUCUUCAUGUUGGCGGUGUAUCUAUGGUUGGUGAGUCAAGAUUGGUUGAGAUGGAGUCACAAAAUCAUUAUGAUGCUGCGACAACACCUUUUGUUCCAUGCUCUGCUCCGAAUCGACUUUUUGAUUUAGGUCAAAUGCUGAAGCUCCAACCGAAGUGACACUUUUCAUCGACAGUAGGAAGGAUAUGAUGCUUUUCUAGAAUCACUCAAAUUUUCAUGGAACAUAGAUGACAUGAUCAUAUGCUUCUCAGUCCACAAUGAAGCGCUAUGUAAACAUCAAUGACAAUGGUCAAGAAGAUCUUUAUUGUGACAACCGCAUAUCAAAUACAAAAUAUACAAUAUUGAAUUUUCUCCCAAAAAAUCUAUGGGAGCAGUUCAGUCGGUUCAUGAACCAGUAUUUUUUGCUUAUUGCAUGCCUCCAACUAUGGUCGCUUAUCACUCCUGUAAAUCCUGCAAGUACAUGGGGUCCUCUUAUCUUCAUAUUUGCAGUCUCAGCUACAAAAGAGGCUUGGGAUGACUAUAACAGAUAUCUUUCUGACAAGCAAGCAAAUGAUAAAGAAGUAUGGGUUGUAAAGCAAGGCAUAAAAAAACAGAUUCAAGCACAAGACAUUCAUGUUGGCAACAUAGUCUGGCUCCGGGAGAACGAUGAAGUGCCUUGUGAUCUUGUUUUAAUUGGUACUUCUGAUCCGCAAGGCAUCUGUUAUGUUGAGACUGCAGCCCUAGAUGGUGAGACUGAUAUGAAGACAAGGGUUAUACCAUCUGCCUGCAUGGGGUUAGAUCCUGAACUUCUUCACAAAAUCAAGGGUGCCAUUGAGUGUCCAAACCCAGACAAGGACAUUCGAAGAUUUGAAGCAAAUUUGAGGUUGUUUCCUCCCUUCAUUGAUAAUGAUUUAUGCCCCUUAACCAUCAAUAAUACAUUACUUCAGUCAUGCUACCUGCGGAAUACAGAAUGGGCAUGUGGAGUAGCUGUCUAUACAGGAAAUGAAACCAAGUUAGGUAUGAGCAGGGGUAUACCGGAGCCAAAACUUACUGCGGUGGAUGCAAUGAUUGACAAGUUGACUGGAGCAAUCUUUCUGUUUCAAAUAGUAGUUGUUAUUGUUCUCGGAAUAGCAGGUGAUGUCUGGAAAGAUACUGAAGCUCAAAAGCAAUGGUACGUUCUUUACCCAAAGGAAGGACCAUGGUAUGAACUGCUGGUCAUCCCUCUACGGUUUGAGCUUUUAUGUUCAAUUAUGAUCCCGAUAUCCAUAAAGGUAUCUCUAGAUCUUAUGAAGAGUUUAUAUGCAAAGUUCAUUGAUUGGGAUGAGGAGAUGUAUGAUCAUGACACCAAUACACCUUCCCAUGCGACAAACACUGCAAUCAGCGAGGAUUUAGGACAAGUUGAGUACAUUUUGACUGAUAAAACUGGGACCCUAACAGAGAAUAGAAUGAUCUUCCGGCGAUGUUGCAUCAAUGGUACUUUCUAUGGAAACGAAAGUGGAGAUGCCCUGAAAGACAUGGAACUGCUCGAUGCUAUUGGUAGCAAAAGACCUGAUGUUAUUAGAUUCCUUACAGUUAUGGCUGUAUGCAAUACAGUUAUACCUCUUAAAAGCAAAAAGGGAACAAUCUCUUACAAGGCACAAUCCCAGGAUGAGGAUGCUCUUGUUCAUGCUGCUGCUCACUUGCACAUGGUUCUCUUCAAUAAAAAUGGGAAUAUUCUUGAAGUCAAUUUCAAUGCCUCAAUCCUUCAAUAUGAGAUACUGGAUACUUUAGAAUUCACUUCUGAUCGAAAAAGGAUGUCAGUGAUUGUCCGAGAUUGCCAGAAUCGAGAUAUCAUCCUUUUGACGAAAGGGGCAGAUGAAGCAGUUCUUCCUAACGCAUCCUCUGGACAGCAAAUAAGGACUCAUGUUGAAGCUGUGGAACAGUAUGCUCAAUUAGGAUUGCGGACGCUUUGUUUGGCUUGGCGUGAAUUGAAUGAAGAUGAAUAUAGAGAAUGGUCUUUGAUGUUUAAAGAGGCAAACAGUACAUUGGUUGAUAGGGAGUGGAAACUAGCUGAGGUCUGUCAAAGGUUGGAGCAUGACCUUGAAAUCCUUGGGGUCACUGCAAUCGAGGAUCGUCUGCAGGAUGGAGUUCCAGAAACUAUUGAGACACUUAGAAAGGCAGGGAUCAAUUUUUGGAUGCUGACUGGUGAUAAACAAGACACAGCAAUUCAAAUCGCACUUUCAUGCAACUUCAUUUCUCCAGAACCAAAAGGCCAACUUCUGUUGAUCGAUGGGAAAACUGAAGAUGAAGUUUCUAAAAGCUUGGAGAGAGUCAUACGCACAAUGAGCAUAACUCCUUCAGAACCUAAGGAUGUAGCAUUUGUUGUCGAUGGUUGGGCACUUGAAAUUGCACUUAAACAUCAUCAGAAGGAUUUUACGAAAUUAGCUAUGUUGUCAAGGACAGCUAUCUGUUGCCGUGUCACCCCAUCCCAAAAAGCCCAACUCGUGGAACUCUUAAAGUCACGUGAGUACAGGACAUUGGCAAUUGGCGAUGGUGGAAAUGACGUCAGGAUGAUACAACAGGCUGACAUAGGAGUGGGCAUAAGCGGGAGAGAAGGUCUGCAAGCAGCAAGGGCAGCUGAUUAUAGCAUAGGGAAGUUUAGAUUUUUGAAGAGAUUGAUACUUGUUCAUGGGCGGUAUUCAUACAACCGUACAGCAUUCCUGUCCCAGUAUUCCUUCUAUAAGUCGCUAUUGAUAUGCUUUAUACAGAUCCUUUUCUCUUUUAUUUCAGGUGUCUCUGGAUCAAGCCUGUUCAACUCCGUCAGUCUGAUGGCUUAUAACGUUUUCUACACAAGUAUCCCUGUUCUAGUGAGCGUCCUUGACAAAGAUCUUAGUGAAAGAACUGUUAUGGAACACCCACAAAUCCUAUUUUAUUGCCAAGCCGGAAGGCUUUUGAAUCCAAGCACAUUUGCUGGAUGGUUCGGGCGGUCUUUAUUCCAUGCUCUCAUUGUAUUCCUAAUCAGCAUCAAUGUGUAUGCUGACGAGAAAAAUGAAAAUGAAGAGCUUUCAAUGGUUGCCCUCUCUGGAUGUAUUUGGUUGCAAGCUUUUGUUGUGGCUAUGGAGACAAAUUCCUUCACAAUACUGCAACACCUUGCAAUAUGGGGGAAUUUGGCUGCCUUUUAUGUCAUCAACUGCAUCGUUAGUGCCUUGCCAUCGGCUGGAAUGUACACGAUAAUGUUCCGUCUUUGUAGACAGCCGUCUUAUUGGAUAUCGAUGUUUCUCAUAGUUGCUGCAGGGAUGGGGCCAGUCCUUUCUCUCAAGUACUUCCGUUAUACAUACAGAUCAAGCGCCAUCAACAAACUUCAGCAGGCGGAACGUUUGGGUGGCCCCAUCGUGUCUCUGGGCAAUGUUGAGCCACAGAUGAAGUCCAUUGACAAGGAUGUUGCUUUGCUGCCUAUGUCACAGUCAAAUAACAGAAACACAGCGUAUGAACCAUUACCAUCUGAUUCUCCGACUUCAAGCAGAAGAUUUUUGGGAUCAGCAACACCAUUCGAUUUCUUGCAGACCACUCAGUUGAGACUUUCUUCAACUUAUUCAAGAAAUUUUAAGGACAACUGAGUCCAGUAAGCUCCUAUGCCUCUCUGUAAACUAGCCCAUGUAUAAUAUUUUCCAUGCUGUCAAGGUUGUUGAGCUUAUUUUGUAGUCUCUUGAUUACUGCGAGAAAUAUACUGCUGUGGACCAUUGCCCAGUCAAAGCCACCGAUUUUACAGACAGAUGGAUUGGUGGAAAUUCUCAUAUUCUGUUGGGAUUUUUUUUAAUAUUUUUUAAUAGG